GACGAGGACAUGUUGUCAUCUAAUUUUCAAAGUAAUCUUUUUUCAUUUUUUUGUCACAUAAUUCCAGUAACAGAAAUUGCAAAAAAAAAGUUUGGAUUGUUUUUUGUUACGUGAGUCUCUGAUGGGCUUUAUCAAUAACGUCAUACUAUCAAGUGAACAUUUGUUUAUUCUCUAGAGGCUGGUCGGUGUGCCGUUUACUGUUUAUUCCGCUAUUUCUGUCAUAAGUUUCUGUUCUGGGAGGAGAGUUGCUACGAUUUUAAAAAAUUGCAUCCAUUGUGCAUAUUUUUUAACGAAGCAUAGGGUCUGGCUGAAAUGUGCCUGACUUCAAUUAUUUGAUUUCAAGGAAGAUUUUGAUAUAUUUCUGGCUCAACAAUGGAGAAGACAGACGAACAUGAGGUCAUUACUUUGGACGAGACCUCGACUGCUAGUGACUCUAGCCUGGGAAAUAAUUCAAAAAGAAAGGCAGAGGAUGAUUCAGAAUGUAUUGUUGAAUCUGUCCAAGAAAGAAAACGAUUUUGUCAUGGAGAAGAAACUAACAGUCUCACUGAUUCUCCAAUCAUGACUGUAGCUUUUCAGUCUGAAGACAUCUCAAGAAAGUACAGCAAGGACAUAACUGACUUUAUCUCUCAGCUUACAAAGUCAGAAAUUGCUACAUCUGUCCAGAAGGAUGGCAAGCCAUGCCUGGAGUUCUUUGCAGACCCUGAGGAGCAGAGAGAUGCUGCAAACUCUCAGGCUGCUGGUAACCAGCAAACAGACUCUGCACCACAAUAUGAGCAGAUGUUUACAGGGGUCGUUGGUGGAAGAGGUGAAGUUAAAAAUAAAGCUGAAACAAAGCCAAAAAAUGUCUGUUUCAACUGUGAGGGCGACCAUAUGAUCGCGGAGUGCCAGCUGCCUCGUGAUGGAGCAAGAAUUGCCAAAAACCGCAGUGCACAUGUCAGCAAAAAUCCCGUCUACAGCCGCUACCACGAGGAGGCCGACCAGCGCUAUGGUCACCUGGCGCCCGGCUCCCUGAGCGACGGUCUGCGCGAGGCGCUCGGCCUGCAGGACCUGGAGCUGCCGCUGCACAUUUACCGGAUGCGCGUGCAGGGCUACCCGCCGGGCUGGCUGCGCUCGGCGCGUCUGCAGCGCUCCAACAUCUCCGUUCACCACGAGCCGGCGCCCGAGUCGGCCAAAGAAGACGGCAAACUGUCUGAAAAGGAGGAGGAGCAUUAUGACCUGACCAAGCUCAUCUCGUACCCUGGCUUCAACGUCGAUUGUCCAAAUGGCUUCCCAGUGGACCCACGGCGGCACGCCUACCCGCCCAUGUCGAGGUACUGGUCGCUGCGUGCCAUGAAGCGGCGGCUGCGGCGGGCGCCGGCCGCGCGCAGGGCCGGUCUCCAGCGCGAGCAGCCGGCCGACCUGCCCUCUAGUGUCAGAGAGAAGCCGACCACCAACGGCGAGGGUCCGGAGCCGACUGACGCGGCGGCGGGGACCACUGGUAACGGAGACAGGGAGGGCUCUCCCUCUCUGGAGACGCUGGAGGAGCAGCGGCGCGCGCUGCUCGACUCGCUGGAGACGCCGGCCGCCGACGGAGAAGAGGGAGAGCUGGAUGACGACGAGGAGGAGGUGGAGGAGAUGGAGGAGCAGGAGCAGGUGUCUGAGCUGGUGCACGCGCCGCCGGCCGCCUGCUCGACGCCGCAGGCGCCAGUACUAACCCCAGGCGCGUCCCGGCGCCGCGAGCUCGGCACCCCGGUGGCCGCCGCCAGCCCGCACAUCGUCUACGACGCCGAGAAAUGGUCGGCCGGCAUCACCGAGCAUAUUCCGUACGAGAACCUGCCGGGCGCCACCGGCGCCUGGGACCGCAUGAGCUCCCUGAUGAAGAAGGUGCGCGACCAUCUGACCGGUAAGAAGUAGGGUCUCGGUGGGUGGCGGUCAGCGGCGGUGACGUAUCUGACCGGAAGAUGGUCGGGACGGGGUCAGUCCGCAGCGCCACCGCCGCGGGGGUUACAGACGAGUCGGCAAAAAGAGCGACUGAGGGGACCGCAGUGACCAGCUGCGGUUGAGGUCGCACAGUUCGGAGAUCGAUGUUACCUGUUGGAUGCUUUCCGAGCAGACCUCGAUCCUAAGAGCUGUGACCAUGACCGGAUCAGAAGUGAUGGUAACUUACCGAGCAGCAGGACAUGCGGAGCGAAAUGCAUCGCUUCAGGUGCCACUGAAAGUUCAACAUAUUUUAGUACCUAAACUACAGUACAUUUAGUGUGGCUUAGCAGUGCAGUAGGCAGUUUUGCGAUUUUAUACUGGAGCGUUGCAGGAAAUUCAUUAAAUGAGCCGAGGAGAUGGUGCGAUAAUAGUUUGAGUGCGGUAGCGUGAAUGUGCUAUGCUUGAAGUGCUCGGUAGACUCCGGCCUAGCCGACACUGGUCGGCGACUGUGUUACAAAACCUCUCGCCGUCAGUAUGGUCAGGCUAAAUGAAUUAGAUGGAUGAUGUUUGUUGUUUGAGUGUUAAUGUCCAUCGCCUCACCGACUGCCGCUCACGCAAAGUUCAGAAAUUUGCCAUUGCCAUUUCCACUUUUAUUGCAGCCGAGGUCAAUAAAAUAUCGCUGAGCCCACCA